UUAUAUUAUUUAAAAAACAAUAAUACUAGAAAAAAGAAGAUAGAAAGUGAUAUUUUCAAAUUAAAUGAAAACUUUGAAAAUUUAUAAAAAUCCCUAUGGAAAUAGGGAUCCCAUGAAAAUAUCUCACAUAUCUGUUAAUUCAAUUAUGUUUUAAAUAAAAACUUAAUUAUAAAUUAAUUUUUUUUAAAUAUUAAUUUUACUUUUUGUUGGAAAAAUCUCUUUUGGAUUCCCAUGGAUAAGGAUGGAGAUGCUAUAAAAAGUUUACAUUCAUCAUUGCUGGAAAAAAUAAUCAAGAAGAGGUUUCAUUCAUCGGAGAUGGUGCUAAAUAUCAUCAAGAUCUCCCAUGUCAGCCCCUAUGCAGAUUCAUUAUAUGACCCACUCGUUGUCCCACUCACUUUCUUCGACCUAAAGUGGCUAAAAGAUUCUGUACAGCAAGUCGUCUUCUACAAACUCACCGAGUCAUCAUCAUCACGCAAGUUCUUCUACUCCGUGAUCAUCCCUAAACUCGAGGCAUCUCUUUCUCUUGUUCUCGGUCACUUCCUCCCCCUUGCGGGUCACGUCACUUGGAACCCGCAAGAUCCUAAGCCUUGCAUCGUCGUGUUCCCGCACGACACUGUCACGUUGACAGUGUCUGAGAGCGAGGAAGAUUUCAGCAGUGUUUCAGGCAAGGGAAAACGUCUCGCGAGCGAGACACGUGCCCUGGUCACCGAGUUUCCGGCUUCUUGUGACUCGCCGUGUGUCCUUUCUUUACAAGUUACCUUGUUCCCUAACCAAGGGUUCUGUAUAGGCAUAACAGCAAACCAUGCGGUCAUGGAUGGCAAAACGGUAGUGAAUUUUUAUAAAUCAUGGGCUCAUAUCUGUAAAUCACAAACACAUGGAAAUAUAUUAUUACCUGAUGAUUUAACUCCCAGUUUAGACCGCACGAUCAUCAAUGUCCCUGCUUAUCUUGAAGCCAAGAUGUUGGUUCUUCAAGGUGAAAGAACCCUCAAGAUCCCUCAAGCUGGAGAGAUCGGCCAUGACAUAUUCAGGAUCACGCUUGAGUUGACUCUGGAAAACGUAGAGAAACUUAGGGAGCGAGCUAAGAGCGAGUCAACUCGCUCUCAUUCUGAGCUUCACUUGUCCACGUUCGUUCUGGCUUACGCCUACAUGUGGACUUGCUUGGUGAAGACGCAUGGAGGCCAAGGGGAAAGACCGGUUCGUCUCAUGUAUGCUGCUGACUUUAGGAACCGGUUAGACCCGCCGGUUCAUAAGGGAUACUUAGGGAACUGUGUGUUCCCCAUCGGUUGCUUCGGACACAAAGCUAAGACGUUUUUGGGAGAAGAUGGAUUUGUCAAAGCCGUCGAGAUCCUCGGCGACUCGGUCAAAGGUUUGCGUUUAUUAGGGAUUGAGCAACUUUGCGAGUUGUACGUGGAUGGAAAGAAGAGAGUGAAACCGGGUACACAGCUCGGGACUAUUGCAGGUUCAAACCGGUUUGGGCUAUAUGGUUCGGAUUUCGGGUGGGGAAAACCGGUUAAUACUGAGUUCGUUUCGAUAGACAGGAAUGAAGCGUUCUCGAUGUCGGAGAGAGAUAUGUCCGGUGGUGUGCAGGUCGGUUUGUGUUUGAAGAAACAUGAGAUGCAUGUAUUUAUUUCUUUGUUUAAUGAUGGAUUGGUAAAUUAAAUAUUUUUCUGGCUUUUAUGACUUUCUCUUGUUUGAGAUCUUGUAAUGUAAUUUUUUCUUGUAAUGUACCUAUAUAUGCAAAGUGUCAAAGCAGAGUAAUAAAUUCAUUGGAAUAUUCAUAUUUAGUUAA